CUCUUCUCUGUUCCUCUUCCUUCAUCCUGACUAACAACUUCAACCACUCGUGGUGACAACUCUUUCUCCAUCACAUCCUUUUAUUUCCUGCACAACCCGUUUGAGAAAGGGGGGAAAGGAAAAAAAAAAAAUAAAUAAAUAAAAAAAAGAAAAGGAAAAGAAAAACUUUUUUCAACACCUCGAAUACCGAGGUGAAUGUAUGGUCAAUGUUGUCCAUGCAAAAAAGUUCUGCUUUUGUGUUUACUCCGACGGAACUUGACAGCAACCACCGUCAUCAAAGCAACUCCACCCGCUCGGGCAGUUUUUCGGAAAACCCCGCUCUCGCCGACUGCCCCUUCAUAGAUGACUCUUCGGUCUCCCAUCGUGCCAGUAUUAGUACCGAUGGCCUUUCUAAUGAGUCUCUCGAAUCCUGGGACGGCGACGGUCCGUCUGCCAACUCACCUCUUCCGGAACUGGAGGUGAAGAUCCACGACGUGUCCCAGACGCUCCACUCGAGUUUCCCUCCCACAACAACCGCAACAUUCACUUUCAACAUGGUUACAUCCCACGAGUCUGAUAUCUCCAUGGACGAUGUGACCCCCAAAAUCGAAGAGUUGGACGAUGCAGAUGAGUUGCAGAGUAUAAAACCUUUGGCGGUGGAUCCGAUGGCCAAUGCGAACUCGGAGGUCACGGCUACUCCCGUCAAUGUUCCACGGAAACGUGGGCGACCUCGCAAACAUCCUCUCCCGAUUCCUGGAGGUCAACUCAAAAUCACUAAAGGUCGUUCCAAGACAGGCUGCAUAACCUGUCGGAGACGCAAGAAGAAAUGCGACGAAACCAAGCCAUCUUGUUUGAACUGUCAAAAGAAUGCAGUUGUCUGUGAAGGAUAUCCUAAGAAGGAGGUAUGGAAGAGUGGAAAACAGAAACUAGAAGACGCCCGGGCCCAGUCUAUGGUCUCUCGCUCCCUUCCCUUUUUGAUUGACGGAAUUGAAGACGAUACCGAUCGACGCUUUUUGGACCACUUUGUCUACGGAUUCAGUCGCGUUCUGACAUUGAUCAAUGAUGACUCGAACCCCUUUAAGGAGAUCCUCCUUCCCAUGGCUACCCAACACCGGGGCCUAAUGCAUUCGCUUAUGUGCCUAUCCGGCUCACACUUAUCGGGACUUAAGCCAGAGCCGAAGUUUAUAGCCCGCAAAUACCACCAUUUCCAUUGCGCGAUCCAAGAUUUGCAGCACAACCUUCUUAUAAAAGCGUCAUCAAAACCGAGCAAUCCGGGAGAGGAUCCCGACCUUCUAGUUGAGGAUCCGAUAAUCGCGUCGACAAUAGCGCUCAGUUUGAACACGAUAUGUGAAGGUGAAACUAAGGGGGAGUACCGGAUGCAUAUGGAUGCCGCAAAGCACCUUCUGAAACACCAGAAACCGAGGAACGAGAAAUUCCGGCAGUUCAUAGUUGAGUUCUUUCAAUACCACGAUGUUUCCAACUCGGUCACCUCACUGGACCGACGGCCGGCCCAUCUAAAUGGCGACCUUCGACUACCCGACUUUGUGCCACACGCACAGGCGGGGAUGUUUCUAGGGGUAUUCGAUGGGCUCUUUAAUUACAUCUCCGAAGUGACCAGAUUACGAGACAAGAUCAGGCAGCGACACAAUGAAGGAUAUGAGCCAGCGGUUGACUACCAGAUCCUAAGUGAGGCCGUCUCCAUUGACUCUGCUAUCCGGCUUUGGGAAACGUCAUAUCCGCCCAACACUGCAAACUGGUCUCUGGCACAGCUUUAUCGACAGUCAACCUGGGUGUACCUUUAUCGUACUAUUCGCCCUUCGCAACCAGGUGAUAAGAUAGGUCAAGUGGUGGAUGAUGGCCUGACAUACUUGGAUCAGCUUCCAGAGGACGCUGGCGCUUAUAGCAUUGUCCUGAUGCCUUUGUUCCUCCUCGGAUGCUCUGCGUUCUUGCAGCACCAGCGGGAGCGAAUCCAGAAAGGAUUCGAAACCCUCAAAUCCUACUCCAACCUUCGCAACAUCGAACCUGCAUUCAAAGUCGUAGAAAAGGUGUGGGAAGUCAUGGACUCCCACAUUGAGGAAAGUUGGGAUUGGGAGAAAAUCAUCAAAGAUAUGGAUAUGGAUUUUCUCAUUACCUGAGUCAACCUUCGCAUUUCUCAUCUGCAUUACUGCAUAUUGACAGCGUAUAUCUUCUAUCUGAAUCGACAGUUUUGGAACGGGUAUCUCCGUUUCUUCGUUUUGCACUGCUCAUUAUCCAUCGAGGAAGUGAGCACACGGCGUUAUGUGGCCCAUGCAUGCAUUUUCUUUUGGUGUUAUUUUUCUUCUUUCUUUUGGCGAUAGGGAUGGUCGGGGCCAUGGGGGGACCCGGUGUCA